AUGAAAAACAAUUAUUCAUCAAGUAAAAAUAAUGAAGAAAAAUAUAGUAAUAACAAUAACAAUAGUGGCAAUAAUAAUAACAAUAAUAACAAUGAAAACAGCAACAGAAAAGUCAUUUUUUACCAAAAAUCACCCAGAUCAUCCGAAAAUACAACACCAUAUUCAACUUCACCUCCUACAAGUCCAUUAACUACUACUACCACAACAACAACAACCAACCUAAAGAAUAACAACACAGAUUUAAAUUCCAUUCAAAAUAACAACCAAUUAACCAAAGAUCCAUGCACACUCUCAGGAAGGUGUCUUGUUUGUACAAGAGGUCCUCCUAAAUUAAUUCAACAUAAUACAUGGUCAAAUAUUAUGAGAGUUGUUAUUUUUUGUCUUAAACAUGCCUAUCCAGAUCUAGAAUUUUUUAGUUUAAAAAAUCAUAUUUAUGACUUUAUGUCAAGUCAUUGGAGUAUAUUAUGCUAUAAUAAAGAAUAUGAACAAAAUUGGCAUAAGCAAAUUCAGGAUAUAUUAUCACAUUCGAAAAAAAUAUUCGAAUCUGGACAGAAUCAUUUAAAUGCUAGUGGACAUUGGAGACUUAUAGAGAAUAUAGAUCCAUGGUCGAUGCCAAAUCCUAAAGAAGUGAAUAAGAAAAAAGGAAAUAAAAACAAGAAAAAAAAGAAUCCAGAUCAAAGCAAUGAAAGAAAUGCUAGCAGAGAACAACCAUCGCAAGUCAAAUAUCCAAUCCAGAAUCGCAUAUCACCUGUUGUUUUCGGUGUACCGUUAUCUAGUUCGCCACCAUCUCUUUCAAUACCAUCACCACCACAACCACCACCAACUCGAGUAGAAAUACCAAUAACACCACCACAUCCAAUUCGAGUAGACAUACCAAUAUCAACAACACCAACUCGAGUCGACAAAACAAAAACACCACCGCCACUACCAAUACUACCAAUACUACAAGUCCAACUAGAAAAUGCAAGACAAAGUAAUUUGAAUUCAAGAGAAUCAGCUCCAGUGUUACCACCAAUAUCAAUUCCGUUGACAUUGCUGCCUACCAAUGACAAUACGACGACGCCGACAACAACAACAACCAUAGCAAAUACUAAUUUGACUUCACCCAGCACUGAUAGAGACUACAAUAGGCUCAUUGAAAAUUUUAACAAUUUUCAUUCAAUGAGUCCCAGAGAGAGUCCAAGAUCGCAAAGAAAGCGAUCAGCAGAUCAUUUUAACUCUGUAGAGUUGGAAAACGAACAAACCACAAUAACCGGUAUAACACCAAGAGAAAUCAAGAAAUCGCCUCGUCAGUAA